AUGAUGGUGACGUUUGCUCAGGCCUCCUCGUUUUUCAUCGAAAAUCCAGAUCUGCUCGCGGAGUUCGCUCUUACAAAUCUCAACAUUUCAAUGAAAUUGAAACUACUAACACUAUUAAAAAAGGAUAUUUUGAAGUGUUCGAGCAUGUCUCAAAUCAGUUUUGGCUCAAGUGAUGAAGAUUUUUUUUCCCACGAGUCCAUCAGGCGACCCAUGAGAACCAUAAUAAUCGACCAUCUUACACCAAAAUUAUCACCAGCUGUCAAUAGGGCGGCCAUGGCUAUGAGGCAUCAUAGGACGAGUUAUGAUUCUACCAAUUCUGGUUGCAAGACCAAUAGGGAUAGCUCUCAAUCAAUGGGAUUCUUCGUGAACCAGCUUAAUCUUCCUAGUGUGCUGGAGGAAAACUAUGAAGAAGUCAUUGAGUCUUUCACACCCAAAAAACCACACGGAAAAGUCAAGAAGCGAUCUGAAAACUGCAGCUUUGGCCGCGUCUUCUCGAAUGCCUCCGAACUGCCUAGUUUUCUGAAGAAUCUGCAAUUGGCUGAGGAGGAACCAUUAUCAGGCUACUCUUUUGAGAAGGCACAUCCAUACAACCUUGGAAAGGGUGUUCGUUUGGCCUCCUCUGUGGCACGCAGUGAAUUGUCCACAGCGACGAUCUCUCACCUUUCGACUGCUUCAAAGAAGUGGCCAAGCAGAAUAUCGAAAGAGAGCUUGAAUUCACUAGAUUUGGAUAGCAGAUCCCAUCUGCCUGACAGUGUAAGGCACCUCAUAGAGCGCAUCAUUAAGCGCCAGUUCUCCCGGCACGAAAUCAUUCAUUCAUCUACUUCCGUCCUCACCGAACACGCAGAUGUAGAUCUCAUUCACUUACAUUUACGCGGGAAGGACAAUGAAGUUCAUCUACUCAAGAGCACUUGUUCGGGGACGCCAGAUGGGAGAGAGAUAAACUGUUCUACGACGUCAACACUAAGCACUCUCUCGCAUAUCCCCUCUUCUCAAUCAAUGGAAAUGUGUUCGGUUAGUUUCCUUUGUUUUUACUUUCAGCUGCAAUAUUUUCCAAUCAACUUUAGUUCGGUUAUUGAAUUACUCCGAAUAAAGGGCCAACCUCCCUUCGACGACAAAACCGUCAAGACCUAUGGGAAGCAAAUAGUUCAAGCGGAAAAGUGCAUUCUUUUUCUGGUUGAUCUGGAGAAGCAGGAACUUAUUUCCACCACUGUUGAUCACGGUGAUCUUAAUAAAACCAAUUUCGUAAAUGUGGAACCGAUUAGAGUUUCUCUAAGCGCUGGAGUACUUAGUCAUGCGGUGCGUACGGGCGAGUGUGUGGUGAGCAACGCUCCUCAGCCAACUGAUGCGUUUUACUACCGCGAAGGAAUUUUUACCGAAGAAUUUCGUAUCCUCAACGCAGCUACCGUUCCAAUAAAAGUCCGAAAUGAAGUAGUAGCUGUGCUACAGCUUUUCAACAAAACUCCCGGUGAAUUUGACACUAACGAUGUGGAAAACCUCGAAGACUUUUCAGUCUUCUGUGGACUCGUGCUUUAUAUUUCAAAAAUGUACGAAAAAAUGUUUCGCUCAGAACAAAAGUGUCGAAUAACCAUGGAAAUUAUGCUUCAUCAUAACCUCGCCUCAGAUAAUGACGUUGUGGAGUACUCUGCACAUGAAAUACCCGACAGCAUUCCUGGAAUCACGGAACCAUUGUUCUCUCCAUGGCAUAUGCCUGACGAAGAAAUGCCAGCAGUCUUUAUUUACAUGGUUCACGAUGUUGUCGGUAAAUCUGUGAUUGAUCUCCAGACCCUCAUUCGAUUUACACUAACCGUACGGAAGAACUACCGUGACGUGAUUUACCAUAAUUGGUUCCAUGGAUUCUCGGUAGCUCAUGGUGCUUACGUUGAAAUCAAACGGGAAGACUGUAAAUUCACUCAAGUUGAAAAACUGUGCAUCCUCAUCGCUGCUCUCUGCCACGAUCUUGACCAUCGAGGUACAGACAACAGCUAUCAACGCAAAAAGGGCACGCCAUUGGCCACCCUCUACUCGACGUCUAUUCUCGAGCAUCAUCACUUCAAUAUGACUCUCACCAUUCUCCAGGUUCUUCAUCUCUCUACUUAUAACUCAUUUAGUAGGGGAACCAGAUACUUCGCAUUAAGCAUUAGCAACCUGGAAAUCAAAUCUUCGCCCACGUUGCUGGGACUUCCUACUAUGAGUAAUUCAUAUUUCAGCUUGAAUCACACAACCAAAGAGUUAAUUCUUCGGAUCCUGAUGAUAAUAAAGCACGCAAUUUUGUCCACUGACCUUGGCCGACUGGAGGCCUCAAAAGAAGUGGUGGUGGACAUUUUGGAUAAGCGAGGUGCCAUCGACUGGGACAACAAGGAUCACAGAAUGGCGACAGUGGCCAUUGUACUACCGGUUGCAGAUUUAUGCUCCAUGUACAAACCAUGGGAGGUGCAUAAAAAGGUUGUUCUCCUCGUCAUGGAAGAAAUGUGGGCACAAGGAGAUGAGGAAAAGAGGAAUGGUUUCAUUCCAAUGGACUUGAUGAAUCGUGAUCUCUAUUACCAAAUUCCAGAAAUGCAGUCGAACUUCUACAAAGUCGUAUGUCUACCGCUCUUCCGACUGAUAAGCCGGGCCAUACCUUCACUGAUGGACAUUCCGAACCAGGCCUUUGCAAAUUUCUCUCGGUGGAUGGAAAUGUGCCUUCUACCUGAGAGUGUUAAGAGGGAAAGAUUAAAUGAACUAAUCCAGCGCCGAUCACAAGGAAUUACAGCUAACACCUACUCCGUCUAA